CGCAGCUUGGACCCAUCUCGAUACGAUUCCUCCACCUGGUGUCAAAUACUGCUCCUGAGGUCACCAUCUGCCAGGGAAUACUCUACACCAGCUCGAAGUAAUCCUGAUCCUAAACUUUUUGAAUAAUAAAGAGACGCCAAUUCAACUCCUUGUGUGCCAUGGCCGGAUCCAACCCGGCGUUAACGUCUCCUUUCGCGCCUAACGACCGCACACCGAUCACGCUUGUUGAGCUGCGCAUGCGCAGCUUCUCGGGCAAGAUCCGCUGCAAGCCAGACUGGUGGAAGAAAGUCUACGACGAGGAGAUCGUGACGAAGUGGCGACAGGAAAUUGUCGAGCACGACGCGAUCAUGGUCGACAAAUUCUGGGGAGGCGAUAAGUAUUAUGACAGUGGCGAGGGCGAGAAACAGUGGCCGCGGGAGAAGAUCAGCGACGUCCAGCUCAAUUGCGUCGUCGACGAACUACGAUAUGAAGCUAGCCAGUAUGACGAGGCAACGGGCAUCUUCGCUACCGCGAUCUACCAGGUAUAUGAGUCACGCUCCCUUAUUCCUGCCGAUCUCAAGAAUAAACUACUGCAAGGCAUCGCGAUACUCGAGAAUGUCCCAGAGGAGGAGAAGGAUUGGCACCCAGGAUCUGACAACCAAGUCCUCGAUCUCGUCCAUCCGUCCUUGUAUUGCUUGCACAUCGGUCGCUCGCAUGUUUACCGGCGAGACGUGGGCCAUACCAAUCCCAUCGUUCCUCUCACGCCAGAAGACUACUUUGACCGUCGCCCAGAUCUUGAGGAGAUACCCCGCUUCUUCGUCUCGCGCGUCUACCAAUGGAUCCCGACCGAUUUCGAGGUCUCGGAAUCAGGCAAUGUCAGAUCCCUCGCAUACAUCAACAACCUCCACCCUAUCCAUCACCGGGCCUUGUAUCCCACCAUCUCCUCCGUCUUAUCGCUCUUCGUACCUCUAUUCGAGAAAGUCCUCUCGGACGCACUCAACCCUUGGCCGCCGCAUGUUAUACGCCCGCAUCCGUACGAUUGGUACGACCACGUGUACGCGCUUCAACCAAAUUGGGGCGAUUUCAAAGACCGUCCGUCGGAGGAGUUCGACGCCGCAUACGCUGAGUGGGAGAAAUACCACCAGUGGCCACAUAUUCCGGAGCCCGAUCCCUUCACGCCGCCUUCUGCUGCAGACGAGGAGAAUCGAAUCACCAUCUCACUUCGUGGACGUACCGUUCAGGUGAUCGUCAAGCUCGCCAACAUCAUCCUCACGCCUGAGAACCCGAAGUACCCUGGCGGCUCGUGGCACGUUGAGGGCAUGGCGAACGAGAGCAUCGUCGCCACAGGCCUCUACUACUACGCGUGCGAGAACCUCACCGAGUCACGCCUUGACUUCCGAGCGGCCGUGGGCAACUCAGACAACAUGAACGGCGUUUCUCUCGAGUACGAGCAGAAUGACGAGCAAGGCUACCGCACCGCGUUCGGACUGCAGCGCGACAGCCCGUUGAAUCAGUGUCUGGGGCACAUCGUCGCGGAGGAGAACAAGUGCGUCGCGUUCCCUAACGUAUACCAGCACCACGUCGACGCCUUCGAACUCGCGGACCCUACUAAGCCCGGGUACCGGAAGAUCCUGUGCUUCUUUGUGGUCAAUCCCUUCGUUCACAUCCUGUCGACGAGCGAUGUCCCCCCGCAACAGGAGCAUUGGGCACUGGAUGAGCUGGCGAAGGCGCCGAUUCUGGGGAAGCUUCCACAGGAGCUGUACGAUGCCGUAUUGGAAUACGCGUCCGUUGGGUUAGUGUCGCGCGAGGAGGCGGAGGAAGAUCGGGACAAGCUGAUGCAGGAGCGGUCUCAGUUCGUGGUGGAUCAUAAUGAGCAGGUAUUCGAGGUGGAGUUCAACAUGUGUGAGCAUUGAACAAGGCUAUAUGUACGUGUUAAUGGCAGCAUGAUAGUGUAUGAAGAUCAAGGUUUACGGGCGCAUGCAAAGUGGUAAGCCUACGCGCAGCCCACUGGGCAUCUCCG